GAGCAAGCUGCGCCGUCUUCCUCAACUUGUGGGUCAACCAAAGCAGUCCCAAGCACUCCAGCUGAAGUAGUAGCUGUUCCAACAACAGGAACCAACAUUUCCACCAUUCAAGACGAACAAAACGUCUUCAUUGCCAACGGCGUAAACCCAAGUGCGAUUUACCAUCGGGCAGCUUUCAUGGAUGUUCUUUCACGUUGAAUAUUAACAUCAACAAGUAAUUGUUAGCCCUUGCCGCUAUUUCCUUUGACUUUGUUUUUGUAAAGAGCUGUUUUCCAGCAAAUAGAGGAACAACUGAGCGGUCUUUCUGACUGUUGUCCGCUUGUUUGAAACUUUGACAUGAAAUCAAAGAAGUCCAUUUUGAAAUGUUUAUCAUGUGAUCAUUUGCUCGUUCGUGAGACCCCCCACAUAGCGCAUGUGCUUGAGGCUUAUUGAGAAAUUAAACAGCAAAUUUUAAAGUGUUAAUUGGAGAUUUCUCUGUUGUUCAGAAUCCAGUUGUACUAAAACAAUUAUUCGCCUCAGGCUCAGUUAAUAUUGUUCAAUAAUAUUAAUCCCCUCGACUUCGACUUAUUCAACAAUGUUGACUUCACCUUCGGCGAAUAAUUGUCAAAUGAUAAUAAAUAGAAUAAAAACAGAUGUACAUACAGUAUUGAAUAAUGAAUAAAUAAUAAAUAGUAUAUAAAUUAAGUUAGCCUGCUUUCCAUGGAUGCCGAGUGCAUAUUAUUUGAAGAAUUCCUUGCAGCCAGAUUUAAAAAAGGGUAUGGAUUCUGCUUGCCGAAGAGUCAAAGGCAAACUGUUCCAUAAGACCACCCCGCUAUCAACGAAAACUAUUUUUAAGAUAAUUGGUACGGAGGAGAGGGACAUCAAAUUUAUUAGAGGAAUCUCCUAAGAAAUAAUUCGAAACACGCUUUACAAAUCUAUCCUGUAAAUAAUCAGGCGCUAAACCGUGAGUACACUUGUAAACCAUGUUUACUCAGUGUGUGGAGUUCACGACGAGGAGCAAGUUGAGUCCAAUUUAACUGCUGAAAAAGUGGCUCGACUUCAGCGUCGUCGUCAGUGCCCUGGCAGCGCAAUUUUGGAGCUUGUGCAGCUUCGUAGCAAUAUAGUUGCUCUGCAAUUAUUCCACACUAUGUCACAAUAAUCAAACUGUGGCUGGAUUAUCGAAUUGUACGCGCAAAUUAAGGUUACCAGAGGAACGAAAGGACGACAGCGCUUUCGGGCACCAAUGCCCGAAGCUAAUUUUUUUUAGAGGUUUCAGUAAUGUGCGUAUUUCAGGAAAGAUGCGCGUCGACCUGGACCCCAAGAGAUUUGGUAGAGGCAACUUGAGAGAUUGGGGAAUUAUCAAUCGCAAGAGGAGGGGAUCGGUGAAGAGUCCUUUAGUUAACCUUUGCCGAGACCCAAUCACUAUGAAAUUGUUUAAAAUACAUUUAAUCCAAAAUCCCUCUCUGGAGGGUCGUUGUCAUAGUGAUAAUUCGAUACUCUUGCGUUACCUCGUGCGUUCAGUGCCAUCCUGUAAUUUCCUUCGUAAUAACUGUGCGCGCGUGUCACACGAGACGGCACAAUUUGUGCUUAAAAUAGCACAUUUUGCCACUUCGAUGGAAUAGACCCAUUACUGAAAAGGUAUCCAAGUAAGGUCUCCUAGACCAGCACGGUCUCACUUACGAUCACAGACCUUGUCUUUACUGCCGAGGAGGGUGCAAAGCACCCCUUUAAUCGCCAGCUCCACCGUACAUAUGUGGUAGCUGUUAGCUUGGAACCGCAAGCAGUUCUCGGCAAGCGUAUGGAGAUGGGAUCAGCUUUUUACCGAUCGGUGUGCCACAAAAUUCGUAAACAAAUUCGACUCUUAAUACCAACACCGUGGUAUGCUUCUGUGCUUUCUUUGUGUUGUUUACGAACUCCUACCCCGAUCAUGGCUCCUGAAUUAAUUUUUUGCGAAUGAUCUAGGAUCUAAUUUGAAGGAGUUCAAAUAAACGACUGCCACAUGCCUGCUGCAUGUUUCCCCGAAAAAGACUGAAAUUUCGGUCCUCAAAAACUUGUUCGUAACAUUAAGAGGGGAAUACCAACGUGUGUUUUCUUGCGUCACUUUGACUAAAGUUCUGUGAGAAGUGAGCAGAUUCAUUUCAACAGAGCCCUUGAACCACUCCCAGAUCCACCCAAAGAUUCGUCAUAAAACGUGCCUUGAAAUUCAAACAUUUUCUGUUUUAUCUUUUUUAUCUUAGGGCCACUAUUAUGUUAUUCUCUCGCAAAAACGUAUGAUGGAGUAUUGACUUAAAAGAGUUAAAGAACCUCUUGAAACACUCCAGGAUGAAUGUUACAAAAUAUUGCGCCGGAGAUCUUUCAAAGAAACCGAUAUCACGUACGUUCCUCUAGUAGAUGAACGUACGCCAUGGAUAGAAAAACAAGUUCUACAGAGAGUCUCUGCCCUUAGUUUUAAUCCCUUAACCUCUUAUGCGCCAUUUGUGACUGAAAAGGCACCCCUUUCGUACAUCUUGCAUUGACAAAUGAUACCUCAUUCACAUUAGCUAUGUUUUUUAGAUUUUUGCAUCCCUUUAAAGCUGCUGUAAAUGCAUUGUCUUUAAAACAAGAAUAAAUCAUAACACCGGAACGUUUUCUCCACUGUUUCACAACCAUAAAAUGUAUCUGUUUGCUCUUCUGGGCUUUUUUGUAGACAGAAAUGACAGAUUUCACUAUCCUUUCGUAUACCUCAAAGAGUAAAAUCCCUACCCUUUCAUAUACCUGAAGCCUGAAAAAAAUAGCCCUUUCGGACGAAGCCUCCCCGUAUAGGCCAUUAUAGGGAGUACCCCCGUCCCCCGGGUUCUAAGCCUCAAUUAAGUAUCUUUAUUAUCUCGCUAUUAUGUUAUUUUACCAUAUAAGGUCAAGAGAACGCGCAAAAUAGUGUAGUGUCCUGGUUGAACCGGUUUACAACAGGGCGAAUACCGGCGGAUGCAAAGGGAGCAACUAUGGCUGAACUGGACGAACCGGCUGACGAAAAUCAAAUAGAAAAUAGAAGCCAAAAUAACAUUUUUUGCGGUAGAAUAAUUAACCUUUCAUUCAAUGCUUUGGCAUAUAAUACUCGCGAACAUUUUGCUCAUUGUUAACGUCAUUCUCAAAGACGGAAUCAGGAUGUUUCUGAAUACUCUUACCAAAAAAAUAGAAGUCAAUUGCAAAAUAACACCUUUUUUUUGUGGAGGAAUAAUAAACCUCUUAUUCGAUGGUUUAGCAUAAAAUACGAGCGGACAUUUUGCUCAUUGCUCGUAUUCUUCCCCCCCUCCUCCCCCCUGCGGGGUUCGGAAAAAUACAACGCGACUCGCAAAAUAUCCGCACGUAUUAUAUGCUAUCGAAUAAGGUGUAUGUAUUUUAAUUCAGUUACUUAACAAAGUUCGCCAUAUACAAACAGUAAAAUUUGAAACAAUUUCAACUAAAAUAAUAAAAUCACGGACGAGAAAUAGUGAGCAUAAUUCAAACACAAGAGUCGUGUGCACUAAGAUUCUCCGACUAAAAUAAAGGGUAAAUAUUUACAGACAACAGCAAGCAAAGGUAACGUGUUGGGAAGAAUAGUGUUUUAAUGAGUAAGAGAAUUUUACAAAACUUGGAAAUCGAAAACAAAAAAGAGAAGAACAUAAAAGUGCUUGAUAUUUGUCCAACAAAUCGGAAAUCGAAAGGCCCAAGUGUUAUGCCUGGUGAGCAUUUCAAAAAUUCGGUUUUCAUUAAAAUAACGUAAGUGAGAAAACACCCAUUUUAUUAAAAUUCUACUCAACAAAAGAAACCUGGACACCACUCAGGUCUAUACCGUGUGAUUGUCCUUUUUUGUUUGUCUUUUCAUAGGAAUAUAUAGCUCAACAAAAACACCAUACGGUAAAUUGAAGACCGGGCCCAUCUCUUCUCUUAGGAUUUAGAUGAACGGUCCCCACUCGCUUGAAGAUCUGAAUCCGCCACUGUAAAUGAAGGGUUUCACAGAAAAUGAUGCAAAGUCGCGCUAGAGGUUUAGCUUUUCUUUGGAGCUGUGGCCUUUUAGAGCAUCCAUUAUCACUUUCAUUUCAAUUUUGCUGUAAUCCUGAAGCGCCCAAUAUAUGAUUCGAUCGGUAUAUUCAACCUCUCAUCCGGAGAUGGCACUUCGCAUUAUUUAAUACAAUAUUGAUAAUGUAAUGAACAAAAACGCGUGCAGUAGCUCCAACAAUAACAUUCCUACUUUUGAUGAAUUCACAGAAUUUUUCUGUAAAUUCACAUUUGCUGAAAUUUGUCUCAUUAUGUAAAGAUUUACGUAACAAUUUGUCAUUAAUUCAUACUGAUGACACUUGAUUGACCAUUGUAAUCAUUGUAGCGUAUCAUUAGAACAAAUUGUAACUCUACAUAUUGUCAUGCAAAUAAAGCUUAUGUUGUUGUUGUUGCUUUUUUGCUGUGAUGAUUUUCACAAGUAAUGCAACCUUUGUCCAAAAAGUAAACUUUUAAAAUUCAAGGUUCUAUUGGAAGAAAAUUUUAACUUUGCGCACAUGGCACUCAACUGUGUAAGAUAAACAUAGAAACGUGCGACAGCUCUUGAACAAGACCAAGACCUUUUGCUGAUUUUUGUUUUGGUGGAUUUCAUAGCUCAUAUGCAUCCCUUACACAAAAAUGGCCCUCAGCUGUGUCACUCGAAAUUUUCCGAACAAUAUUGAUAGGAUAAUGAACACAUGAUCGGGAAAACGUUUUAAUUUUGCACGAAUGGCCCUCAACCGCGUAAGAUGCAUGAACAUAGAAACGUGUGGCAACUCUUGAAUAAGACGAAGGCCUUUUGAUGAUUUUUGCAGUGAUUUAUUUCAUAGCCCAUAUGCAUCCCUUACCCAAAAAAGCUCAAAAAUCUAUUGUACGAAUUUUAACUUACCAUGAAAUGCAUGGCACUCAACUUUUUCACUCGAAGUUGUUAACCUUUGCCUGAUCAGCUCUUAAUUUUUUUUCCGAACAAUAUUAAUAGGUUAAUGAACAUAACGAAAUUCCCUAAAAUAAGUUAUUUUUUAAAUCUACAUGACAACUCUCUUGGCCAUCAUGUAAAUGCCGCGUCACGCAAAAGAUGGAAAUGAAACCUGAAUGGGGGGUUCUCUUUUCCUUUUUAUCCUGGAUUGUUUAAGGCUAGCUAGCCUUUUUUUGCGUAAUUUUUGUUUUGUGCCAUAGGAGGCGGAGCAGGGGGGGCUGGGGGAGCCGUAGCCCCCCAAACAAAAAUUUAGGGGGCCGAUGCCGAAAAACACUUUUAUGGAUAUAUUUGACAUUUCCUUAGACUUUCAAAAAAGUCCUUCGUCGGAUUUCAUAUGGCGCGGGACGAACUCGCGACUUCGUCGCUCGCGGUCGGCCGCCUCGCGGCCAAACAAGGUACGCGCCGCUCGCCAAAAGGUCGACUUGUAGCAAAUCUAACAUUUCCGGUGACAUCGGCGCCCGUUCUUUCUUGCGCCCACUACUUCCUACACACCGGGAAGAUUGCAAAAGGUGACAGUGGAUCGAUAUUAUUGUCCUUUUUAAUCUAUUUUGUCAGAUAAAUAUCUUAUGAAUGGUAAUGAGCUUGAUGCAGAAGAUUUCGAUGAAGAUCCCACAAGAAUUAUCGAUGGACAAGCGAAAGGAAAUGAAAUAAACGAAAUCGCUGAAGAUGCGACAGCCUGGGGUAAUGCCACUCUCUUGUUUCCUUGGUAACUGCCAUAUCGUGCUGUACAACUUCCAUUUCUUCUGCAACUUAUUUAUGCAUUCCUCCUUAACAAAUCAUAAACUGCAUAAUUUGCUGAAUCUUUAAUUACUUUAAUUAUAAUACCAAGCUUUUAGGAUGGAAAAAGUAUCCAUUCAGCUGGCGCUAACCACCAGAUAAAUUGCUAUCCGGUGGAUAAGUAUUAGGAACUGGGAAGUCAAUGUCAAAAUCCAGUGGAUAAUAACUUAUUCGGCGGAGAGUACUAUUCACUUUCAGAAAAACUGACGUCAGAAGUACCGCCUUAUUCAUAUAUUAUUAUUGUUGUUUUUAAUCUAUUUUGUUAGAUAAAUAUGUUAUCAAUGGUUAUGAGCUUGAUGCAGAAGAUUUCGAUGAAGAUCCCACAGAAAUAAUCGAUGAACAAGCGGAAGGAGAUGAAAUUGACGAAAUCGCUAAAGAUGCAGCACCC